GCUAAGAAUCUUAACCGUGCCAGAGAGAGAUCAGCGACAAAUAGGGAUGAUCCUGAUAUGAUGAAAAUUCUCAGCGGAGGUUGCAUUCCUGACACCUAUAUUCUUCCGAAUGAAUAUGCGAUAUUCGCAGAAAAAUUCAGAAAGGCCGGCACCAGUGGAAACUGGUGGAUUAUGAAACCUACUAAUACGGCUCAGGGAAAAGGAAUAUUCCUGUUCGAUAAGAUAUCACAGAUUAGCGAAUGGAAAGGCCACAAGAUAA